GGCGCGAAAAGAGAGAAACGGGCAUAUUAUUUCGGCCAUUGUUUAGAACCGCCUUUACAAAUCACUGAUAGAAGGACAGUUCUCGACAAUUCUUCAGAAGAUGCGUGCCACCCUUCAACGCUACUUCAUCUCACAUCCUAUUCUCCUCGCCAACACCAACAAAAGGUACUCGCGCAAGGCUGUGGGCGCUAUACGAACCAGCGAUUUGCAUUACGACCUCGAGUCAUUUCUCAAAUAUGCGAAAGGGAUAGCAUUACCAACCCAUACCACUGUAUAUGUUGGGACGCUCUAUGAAUACACUGUCAAAGAAGCUCUCAAGUCAUUUGGUAUGUCACUAGAGCGGACCGGAGGGAGAGAUGAUAGAGGCGUGGACCUGCGUGGUACCUGGACGAUUCCAAACCUACCAUCUGAGCAAUCUCAAAAACCCAGAGUCUAUGAUGCCCUGGUACAGUGCAAAUGCACAAAGAUACACCCUGCUGCUAUCCGCGAGCUCGACGGCACGGUUUCGUCGAAGAAGCCGGAAACUAUUGGCAUCCUGGCUGCGCCAGAGCACUGCUCCCCGGGAAUACGGAAACACAUGUCCAUGUCACCUCGACCCUUGAUGUAUCUUUGCCUCGGGGGAAAGGAGGGCAUUGUGGAGCAGAUAAUCUGGAAUACAUCAGCCUCUGUGCUCCUUCCGGGUGUGGGAGUCAGAGCUAUUCACCUAAAGGACCGAACCGAGAUAGUCCCCACGAUUCAUGAACACGAAUUUCGUAUUCUUCUUUCUCAAACCUCGCCUGAAAAGGAGACAGUCGAGGGAGUCGAAAAUGGGAGGGAGAAAGAGGAGACACCCGUACUCCAAAGUGGCAGCGGUGAUACAGCUCCUGGUACCACUAUUGUGGAUUACGGUAGGAGUAACGUAUAGCAAAACUCGGCUUUAUCUUCCGUGAUACUAUUAAUAAUUAUGUUGCGAGAUCUCGAUCUCGUGGACGAGGUGCCUCUGGCCGGCCUCUGCGGUUAUUGCCUCCGAGACAUGCCAACAUCGGGUGGAUAGACCCAGCACGAUGCUUCUCCUCUUCACCCGACUGAGCACGAUGGUUCGCCAACUCACUCAGCCACCAAGUGGGGUCCAAUAUUAAAUCACGAAGUCCCAAACCGCAUUAGUACCGGGCGCCACAAUUCAAACAGACCUUGACAUAAACCGUUCAAUUCACCACGAGGUGCUGCAAGCGCUCUCAAUUUUCGUAUGCCACAAGCUUUUGCAAGACGAGGGUGUGUCCAAACGAAAUCUCGAUGUUUCACAGAGAAAAAAAAGGCAUUGGCAAGAAUGGCGAGCAUAGUGUCGCAACUAAAAACUUCCAGGCCCGACGCCAAAGCAAAAACUUGCACGAGUGAGUUUCCAUGAUGGACUUCUUAUAUCAGUCAGGGCUAUCAAGAACCUAAACACCAAGCCAGCUCAACUAUCAUACCUCCCUUCUCAUGAGAUGCGAACCCCUGAAAGAAACGGCCACCCUGCCCUACCC